CUGUUUAUUCUCCAACUUGGCCUCCUGUUCCGCUCAAAUUGGAUUCACUUUCGCUGCAUCUGAAGCUUCCUUGCGUCAACUGUGAGGACUUUGUAUAAGCUAUUUCCUCAACUUUGUUGCAGAUUCAUUUGUGUCGACGCUUAAGUAAAGAAUCUUUGAUUUUUCUUUGAGCCUCUACCCCUAUCAGAGUCUUGAAGUGUUAAAGUUUCACUAUGAUUCUUGCUUGCUUGCUUGUUAACGAUCAAUAGAUUUGCUUGGGCGGAUGAUGGCUAACGAAUGUUCAGAUCAUACUACUGUCUUUGUUUCUGGAAUGCCAAUUACUUGAUGCUGUAUGAAAAUUUGUGGAUUUUGCUGUUUUUAGCAUUGUUUCAGCAUUUUGAAGUGUUUUCCUGAUUUGGGUCAUCUUAGUUUGUGGUUCUUUUGUAGAAUUAUGCCUCCUUCAAUUUAUCAUGCUUCUUGAUGGCGUCAAAGCUUUAUUAGCCCCAAGUAGGAUCCAGUAGAUCUUAAGCCAUGGAUAAUGGGAAUGAAUUGUCAUCUUCCUCGAGUUUGGAUGAAAAUUUGUAGAUUUUGCUGUUUUAAGCACUGUUUCAGCAUUUUGAAGUGUUUUCCUAAUUUGGGUCAUCUUAGUUUGUGAUUCUUUUGUAGAAUUUAUGCUUCCUUUAAUUUAUCGUGCUUCUUGACGGCGGUCAAAAGCCUUAUUAGCCCCAAGUAGGAUCCAGUAGAUCCCAAGUCAUGGAUAAUGGGAAUGAGUUGUCAUCUUCCUUGAGUUUUGCUUCGUCGUCUUAUCUAUCAAAUGGGUCUAGUGGUCAAGAUGUAUCUGCGGCCGCCAACUCCGAGAGUCUAAGUAAGCUCAGCGCCAAUCUGGAAAAGUUAUUAGAUGAUGCCGAAUACAACUAUAGCGAUGCGGAGAUUGUUGUUGAGGGCAUCCCGGUGGGUGUCCAUCGGUGUAUAUUGGCUGCACGGAGCCAGUUUUUUCACGAGCUUUUUAAGAAGGGAAAUGAUUGUUCGGUGAAGGAAGGCCGGCCAACGUAUCUCAUGACUGAAUUGGUGCCUUGUGGUGGAGUUGGAUAUGAAGCGUUCAAAGUUGUCUUGAGUUAUUUGUAUACCGGGAAGCUUAAGCCAUCGCCACCGGAAGUAUCAAUUUGUGUUGAUGAUGCUUGCGCACAUGAUGCAUGCCGUCCUGCUAUUAAUUAUGCUGUGGAAUUGAUGUACGCUUCUGCAAACUUUCAGAUGAAAGAGCUUGUUCUGGUUGUUCAGCGUCGUCUCCUCAAUUUUGUUGAAAAGGCUUUAGUGGAAGACGUAAUUCCAAUUCUUGUGGUUGCCUUCCAUUGCCAAUUGAACCAGCUUGUCUCUCAGUGCAUCCAGAGAGUAGCAAGAUCAGAUCUUGAUAAUGUGUCUCUUGAAAAAGAGCUCCCUUGUGCAGUUUCAAGUGAAAUCAAAUCACUACGUCCCAAACCUCAGCCAGAGGCCAAUCCUAGUGUUGAGGAAGUGGACCCCUUACAUGAAAAGCAUAUUAGGAGAAUCCACAGGGCUUUGGACUCUGAUGAUGUUGAGUUAGUGAAGUUGCUACUUAAAGAAUCUGAUGUCACUUUAGAUGAUGCUUAUGCACUCCACUAUGCUACUGCAUAUUCUGAUCCUAAGGUCGUUAAGGAGGUUCUCAGCCUAGGCUUGGCUGAUCUCAACCUUAAAAAUAUCCGAGGACAUACUGUGCUUCAUGUGGGUGCAAGGCGUAAGGAGCCAUCAAUUCUAGUGGCAUUGCUGAACAAGGGAGCCUGUGCAUCAAAUAUUACAGACGAUGGACAAACUGCUGUUGCAAUCUGUCGGAGGUUAACCAGGCCAAAGGAUUACAAUGAGAACACAAAGCACGGGCAAGAAGCUAACAAAGACCGGGUAUGCAUCGAUGUUCUCGAGAGAGAAAUGCGAAGAAAUUCAACAUCCGAGAACAUGGCAAUCUCACCGCAUGUGAUACCUGAUGAUUUGCACAUGAGGCUUGACUACCUGGAAAGUAGAGUGGCAUUUGCACAAAUGUUGUUUCCUUUUGAAGCCAGGGUAGCUAUGCAGGUUGCAAAUGCAGAUUCAACCUCAGUUUGCACAGAUCUUUUAACAUCAAAAGGCUCAAGUGGUAACUUAAGGGAGGUUGAUUUGAAUGAAACACCAUCUGUACAAACCAAAAGACUCCACUCGAGGCUGCAUGCCCUGAUUAAAACAGUGGAUAUGGGUCGACGCUACUUUCCCCAUUGCUCUCAAGUGCUUGACAAGUUCUUGGAGGACGAUAUGCCUGAUGCUUUCUUCCUUGAAGAAGGCACUCCUGAAGAGCAGAAAAUCAAGAAGAUGCGCUUCAUGGAACUUAAAGAUGAGGUGCAGAAGGCAUUUUCCAAGGACAUGGCUGAGAAAAAUCAGUCAGGUUUGUCACCUUCCUCAUCCUCCUCAUCUUCUCCGAAGAAGGUUGCAAAUUACAAGGUCAGGAGAAAGUAGGGAAGUUCAUCUUAAUUGUAUUUUUCUAGGAAGCCAUGAGAGUUUACUUUUUCCCUUUCUUUCUUUCUUUUUUUUUUUUUUUCAUGUGUAGUUUUCCUCGUAUAUAUUCUUAAGGAGCCUUUGUUCUUGCUCUUUUGUAUAACUGUACAAGGAUAGCAAACCUACAUUGUUAUACAAUCUCUUAAGUUACUUGGCCUAUGAAAUUGUAUAAAAAAUUGAAAUGUUAGAGAGA